AAAGAAAACAUGGCUUCCAAAUCUGUGUUCUCCUUUAAAAUUGGUGGUAAAAUAAAUACAUAAUACAACAAUUUAAAUGUGUAAGCCUCCUUCCUGAGCUUAAAUAAAAACAUAUAGGCCUACCUGCCCAGUGCUUAAAAAUGAUUUGACAUGCCUUCCCUUUCUUGCACCCCCUCCUCCCCCUCAUGAAUAACGAACAGUCCCUUAUGAAACUGACUUUAGUGAAAGUAAAAGAUUUAUAAUACAACACAGUUUCUGUUUGACGUCAUGAGGACCAAACAGGCCACCCUCAUGUCUACAAAAAGGUCUCAGACGUCAGACGACGUGCGCGUCCACGACCCAUAUGUAAACCGCCGCGUUCCCUCUCUGACGUCACCGCCGUCUGAUCAUCCGAAAUCCCUGAUAACGCGAUGCGCGCUCCCGCUCGGCUCUGAAUGGGGGGCUCAGUCCAGCUUGUGACAGCGAGUCCAGUAGUAUAACCGGAGACGCCACGGUCCCGCUCAGCCAGUCAGGUCCGCUGCUCUCAGACGCGCCGGUUGGUUCCACGCGCCCCGCUCCCUCCGCCCGGGAAGUUCGAGUACUGACGGGCGGAGCUGUCUCUGUCUGUCCAGGAAUGAGAGAUGAUGGCCGGCUCUACAGCAGAGGAAAAAACCUUCCGACGGUUCCUGGAGCUCUUUCUCCGGGAGAUGAGAAUGCCUCUGCAGGAGAGCGACCCGCCGCCGAUGCGCCCCUUGUCGGACCUGGUGAUUGAGGAAGAGGUGGAGGGGGAAUGCCUCGACCUGUGUCUCCAGCACCUCUACAAAUAUAACUGCCCGUGCUCCUUGGCUGCAGCCCUUGCCAGAGCCACAGCAGACAGCCUCCUGCAGUCUGACCUCUCCAUCCACCACCUCAAUAAGACCGUAGAAGAUGGAGCUGACCCAUUACCACAGAUGGAGUCUGUAAAGCUGGCCCGACUGGUGUUCAACAGACUGUUUGAGAUGUGCUGCCUCUGGCUGAAGGAGCUUCCUUUCCGCCGCCGUCCACAGCCGUACUACGAAACCUCCAUCCAUGCCAUCAAGAACAUGAGGCGCAAAAUGGAGGACAAACACGUCAUCAUCCCUGACUUCAACACGCUCUUCAACAUUCAGGAUCAGGAGGAACAGGCUUACUUUGCUGUGUUUGACGGUCACGGCGGUGUGGACGCUGCCAUUUUCGCUGCCAACCACCUACAUGUCAACUUAGUCCAUCAGGAAUCAUUCGGCCAGGACCCCAUCGAGGCGCUCUGCAGAGCCUUCAAAGCCACGGACGAACAAUUUGUGAAGAAGGCUUCACGAGAGCACCUGCGUUGCGGCACGACGGGGGUGGUGACGUUCCUGCGAGGUCGGACUUUGUAUGUGGCCUGGCUGGGAGACUCCCAGGUCAUUCUGGUCAGAAAAGGACAGGUCGUGGAGCUGAUGAAACCACAUAAACCAGACAGAGAGGAUGAGAAGCAGAGGAUCGAGGCUCUGGGAGGCUGUGUGAUCUGGUUUGGCACAUGGAGGGUUAACGGCAGUCUGUCUGUAUCCAGAGCAAUAGGUGAUUCGGAGCAUAAGCCCUACAUCUGUGGUGAUGCAGACCAUGGUAUCUUCCCAUUGGAUGGUACUGAGGACUACCUGAUUCUGGCCUGUGAUGGCUUCUGGGACACCGUGGGUCCAGACGAGGCGGUGCGGGUGGUCAGCGACCACCUCCAGGAGAACUCCGGAGACACCACCAUGGUAGCCCACAAGCUGGUGGCCUCAGCCCGUGACGCAGGCUCUAGUGAUAAUAUCACAGUCAUAGUGGUCUUCUUGCGGGACCCACGCACCCCACCACCCACUGGCACAGAGGACGAGGAGGAGGGUGUUGUAGAGGGAGAGGUGGAAGAGGAGGAGGAGGAGGUAGCAGAGGUGGAGGAGGAGGAACAGGAAGAGGAGGAUGAGGAGGAAGAAGAGGCAGUCAGAGUAGAGCGUGAUGGUGGUGAGGGAGGCAGCACUGCGGACAUCGGGGGGAAGGGUCGCGGAGGUUGGCCCCUGCAGCAGUGCUCAGCCCCUGCCGAUCUCAGCUACGAAGACCGAACGGACUCGCUCACGGACAGAACUAGCCUCAGCCUGCUGGGGCCGUCACUGGAGGGCCGCAUCACCCUGACCGGGGGCUCACAGCAGCCCUUCUCCAACUUUAGCCCCGACCUCUUCACAGCCUCCUACAUCUAUCGAGAAGAACGCCCACUGAGGCGCAGGUCCUGUAUCCCCUUUCAGGAGGCCAGCAUCUCUAGCUUCACGGACCCACUGUGGCCCCAGACAGCCAUGCUGUUAGGCCAGGCAGUGAGGCGAAGCCGCAGGCUUGGUUAUGGUAGUCGCCGAUGGGGCCGAAGGAGGCCAGGCGCAUCCAAGGAGCUGCUAGGCCUGUUACCCUCUGGCCACUUGCUGCCGCACAUGCAGCGCCACUCCAACCAGAGGCCUGGAGUGGCAGUGCCUCACCUGCCCCACAAUUCCACCAUCUGAAGAGGUGACCCAAACCAAACCAUCUCCUUCAUUUAUUCAGUCCUGCCCCUCAGCCCACCCACCC